AUUCAGGGAAUUGUCCUGCUCAAGUGUAACGAGUUGGAGGGACCUGGUGGAAAACAUUUCCAGAGGUCGAGUUUUUAUUUGCCCAUGUGCAGCUAUAGCAAGCAAUUUAAUAUGAUUUAUUACCAUAUGUAUUUAUGGAUUUUAUUGUUCAAUGCCUCUAAUUUGGUGUCAUUAUUUUUUUUAUUAGAACUAGGCCUAUUUAAAACAAUCGCUCGUUUAUAGGGAAUUUGCUAAAGUGUGCACCUUAAUUGCUUUAAAUAAUGUGUUUAACCAAGGAUUUCACAGUACUUUAUAGGCUAUACCUAUUCAAUUAUAGCUCCAAUAACGCGUGCGGAUGAGCAGCAGUCCGGGCAUACUGAGAUGGAAACGCCAUACUAUUUGGCAUAGGCCUAUGUAGCCGGUGAACUCGUUAAUGCUGUUCGUCGAUGUUUACUAGGUCAUAUAAACGUAAUUUAGACUUCUCUCCUGGACCCCAACACGCCAUGCUCUUGAAUGUUUCUUUGUUCUUGUAUGGGCAUAUUGGGUAGCAGGGCAUGUCAAUCUCACACAACAGCAAAUGAUGGAUCACUGAAUUAAUUGAGCAGCGAGAAGAGUAUUUCAAUUAGGCCUCCGUGUUGGCCAAUGUGUUGAAAAGGCUUCAGAAUUAGACUGCAGAAAAUAGUAACCAUCUAGUAGGGCUUCCGUAUUUUCGAUACAUCUUUAGAUAGAUACAAUUGCCUGUAGGCUACGGGUUUGUUUUUAUACGAGGUCUGAGCCGCAGGAAACACACUGUCGGUAUAAAAAAGAGGCUUCAUAUUUUGGUUCAAAUAAUAAUUAUAGCCUUUAAGAAAAAGUAGAUAUAGAUCUUAAAUGUCUUCAGUAGGCCAUAGCCUUUACCCUUCUGUAUAACUGGAAACUUUAAUUAAAUUACUUAGGCCUAUGCCUACCCCUCAUUAGACUUUGUUCACCUCCUUGCUGAUAUUUAUAUUAGUUGUGUUUCCUUCUACAAAUGAAACCCUCUAGCCUGAAAAAUGUGUUUGAUGUUUAUAUUCUUAUCAGAUGGAGGGAGGCCUCUGAUUGAAGCGUUUGUCAUGUAAAUGCUAGGGCGCGUGAUGGACGACCCUGUAGACCUGACAGAGCGUCGUAGCUCCUCUGCCAUUGGCGGUCAGCUGCUCACGUGGUCUGUCAAGAAGGUGAUAUGAGGGUGGAGGGCCGUUUUACAGCUUUGACAUACUACCUAGAGGUUAGCGCCGGGCAGCGACAAUUAAUGACUGCCUGGUCCCCCAUAAACUCUCGCCGCUGAUAACAACAGGGCCCUACAAUGAACUCGUACUUAGAAUACCCCGUCUGCAACCGAGGAACCAACAUUUUCAACACCAAGGCCGGAUACCACAACCUGAACCAUGGAUAUAUGUCGUCGCUGUCCCCGGGUCAAUGCGCAACAAGUGAUGGCUACGGAGGCGAAGGCCGGCUGGUGGGUGCCAGCAGCGCAGCUUGUCCAACCCACCAGAACCCCGGCCACCCUCUCCACCACCACCAUGGCAACAUGGACCUCCAGUUUCCGUCCCCAGGGACCGCCACGGUGUACGGGGCGCAGGUCGGGCCGCCCAUGGACUACGGGCACCACCAGUAUGGCCUCGGCCACGAGCAGGAGCGAAUGUUUCUGACUGCAUCCCCCGGAUCUAACAUGGCGCCCUACGGGGACGGCUGCGGGCCAGCUGGCCAGUAUCUGCACUUCAGCAGCGGGGAUCAGAGGCCUCACGAACCUAUUGAGAGUGUUUACUCGAGGCUACCGUCCCAAACCAAGGAGAGAGACCCAGACCACGGCGAGCAAACGUCUAAAACCUUCGACUGGAUGAAGGUGAAGCGGAAUCCCCCUAAAACAGCUAUCCUGAGUGACUACGGGGUCCCCGGCCAGAUGCAGAACGUCAUCCGCACCAACUUCUCCACCAAGCAGCUCACGGAGCUGGAGAAGGAGUUCCACUUCAACAAGUACCUGACCCGGGCACGGCGCGUGGAGGUCGCCGCCAGCCUGGAGCUCAACGAGACUCAGGUGAAGAUCUGGUUCCAGAACCGAAGGAUGAAGCAGAAGAAGCGCGAGAAAGCAGGAAGUGUCCUCCUGCUCCACAGCCAAGCACCUGCGGAGAGCGGCUCCCCUCCCAAAGCUUCACCGGCCCAACUCGAGACUUCUCCCCGAGUCAAGCGGAAAGACUGUGAACUAUGACGGCGACUUACGAUCGAUUCUUCAAUUAGUAACAUAUUCACGCUAUACCUCCCGAGUGGUGAUCACUGAUACGUGUAAAAAAUACUUGUGGACUUGUGGAUAAUACAGGGUAAUUAGUUUGUGAUUUAAUGUAUGCAUUUCUUUCUGAAUUGGAUGCCACUUUACUUCCUGUUCUUGAUGCAUUUGUAGCAUUCGUGUUGUGUUUUAUGUUGUAGCACUGACGUGUUGUCAGUGUAUUUCUUUGCACUAUUUAUUAACAGGGUAUUUUACAAGAAUUGUGAUGAUUAGGCAUAGCCUAAUAAAGACUCUACCAUUAUAA